AUUCCAGCGAAAUUAAAUCAAUCCAACCCACUUUGGCGGAAACGUUUGAGAACCAACUGAUCACAACGUCCUACAGAUCUCAUUCGCACGUGCUAUUCUCUCCGUCGCUGGAAGACUAGUAUAUCGGAUCACCAAAAAUGGCGGAUACGACAUCGCCGCCCAAGCCCGUCCAUACCAUCGUCCUCGAUGCUGGCCCUAUCCUGAAGAAUACCCCGCCGUUAUCCACCCUUCUCGCACAAUGCGAGGAACUUCUUAUCACUCCAUCGGUGGUCAGUGAAAUUCGCGAUCCCGAUGCCCGACUCAGAGUUGAGACUAUGUAUCUGCCAUUCUUAAAACAGCGGACUCCGACCCCGAAGAGUGUUAGUGUAUUGAGCGAAUUCGCCAAGAAGACUGGCGAUAGGGCCGUUCUGAGUAGAACUGAUAUUGAAGUUUUGGCGCUUGCAUAUGAAGUAGAGUGUGAAAGGAACGGUGGCGAUUGGCGGCUGCGCAGCGUCCCGGGACAGAAACAGGUGAAUGGCAGGCCACCCGUUAAGGAGGAGGCAAAAAAGCCCGAGACAGCAGAUGAGUCUAGCCAGAUCGAGGAGAAGACCGAAAGUCCCGAGGUUGAUGCGGUUGCGGAAGGCCUGAAGGACACGGCUCUAGAGAAACCGGAAGAGAAGUCACAGGAUGAAGCCGCUGCUGCGGAAGAAACCAAGCCAGCCGAACAAUCAACCCAUGAAGAGCCCCAGGAAGAGGACGACGAAGCCGCUGACUCGGAUGGCGGAGAAUGGAUCACCCCUUCAAACCUGAAGAAGAAACAAGCCCGCGAUGAGGGUAUCUCUGCGUCGGCGACACCGGAGCCCAAGGUCAUGCAAGUCGCGACGAUGACGACCGAUUUUGCCUGUCAAAACGUGUUACUCCAGAUGAACCUGAACCUACUUUCGACGACAACCUUACAGAGAAUUCGCCAUCUAAAGUCCUUCAUUAAACGCUGUCACGCUUGUUUCUUCACGACUAAGGACAUGAACAAGCAAUUCUGCCCACGGUGCGGAAAAGACACCCUUACUCGUGUCUCUUGCACCACCGAUGCCAAUGGGCAGUUCAAGAUGCACCUGAAGAAAAACAUGCAAUGGAACAACCGAGGAAAUGUAUUCAGUAUUCCCAAGCCCACCCACGGAAGCUCUAAUGGAAAGUGGAAAGGAGGCGGAGGUAAAGGUGGCUGGGGAACCGAACUCAUUCUCGCCGAAGACCAAAAAGAAUAUGUCAGAGCUACCGCCGAAGAAAGCCGACGACUUCGGAAGGAACGGGACCUUAUGGAUGAGGACUAUCUCCCCGGAAUUCUGACCGGAGAGCGAAGCAAGCAUGGUGGUCGGGUCAAAGUUGGCGCUGGUAAGAAUGUGAAUUCAAGGAAGCGGUAAUUAUUCCACGCUGCACUUUUCGCAUGGAUAUUGGAUUGGAGUUCGGCAAAAACAAAAAUUCUACGAUUACUUGUCUUUUCCUCCGCUGCAUGGGUUAUGACGGUGGCCGAUUCGUGACGGUUCAUAGAGAGCAUAGGGCAUAUAUAAGGGUAUAGAUAAAAGUUGUCCUCUCUAUACGAGAGGCUGGACUAUUAUGACCGAGUAUGAGCAUUACUUUUGUGGAAUCCCUCAUGCAAGUGGUAGGCAUUAAAGAGGCCCCCCGAAAACGUC